AUGCUUUGGCUUACACUUUUCAUCAUCUCCACCGCAUUAUCACUACCUGAUCAGUCACAAUCGUGCAUAAGUAAUGUCAAUAUUCCAUUCACGGGAUACAAGGUUGAAUAUCAAUUAAAUGUGAAGUUAUGGAGCGGUACAUAUCAUUUACUAUACUGUAAUGAUAACAAAUUGUUAUAUGAUUUGAACUUGAAUCAUACUAUUCCCUGGACACAACCGAUAAUUUUUCACAAGUCAAGUGUUAUUGAAGGUGAUUUCAUCCUUGCUCGAAGGAAAACAUUUGCGUUGAGAAGUUUUCCAAUAUUCCUACCUAAUACUCUUGUUGGCUCAUUAUACUAUAGAAAUUCAUUAAACAAGCUUCAACUUUAUAAUAAUACAGAGCCACAGCUGAACUCAGUACCUUUAAUUGCAGCGAAUAUGCUACAAAACUGGUGUGAAGCGAGCUAUAAGUUGGAGGUAAUAUGUCAUGUGCCAGUAUUGACCACCCCCGGUAUAGACUCAAAGUAUUAUAGUUUUGGAUUUUUUGACUCAUCACGAGAACAAAAUGAUUGGGAUAAGUAUAUAUCAAUGCUGGAAAAGUAUGAUUAUAGAGAUGAUUCUCGUAUCCUAUUGAGGAAAGGCACGGAUACAGUUUUUAGUCAGGUUGAGAAAUUAAUUGAGAGACAUAAAGUGUUAAAAGCUAAGAUUAGACGAGCUAGAGCUGUUCAGAAUGCUACCGAGCUUUGGUGGAGUUUAAUCAUGUUGUCUAAAGUUGUUAGUGAGGAGAUAUUCAACAGGCUAGUGAUAAAAAUAGACCGACUCCUACAAUGA